UGCCUCUUUCUCUCUCUCUCUCAAAAGCUCAAAUAGCCCAGCAAGCAAAGUAGUCCAAAAAGAAACAAGAUAAGAAGAAACCAAACUCGCAAAGAAACAAAAAGCAAAAAGAAAAUAAAUACGAAAUCAAAGAUUUAGAGGAGAGCAAAAAAUCGCCUUUUUAACACCUUAUUCCCUCUUUCUCCGGCACUCUGUAUAACGAAAAACGAGACCAAAGACUCAAACUUUAAGCUCUUCUUUUUGUGUGUUUUCUCUUUUAUUUUCUUCUUUCUUUCUUUCUCCAUUUAUUUUUAUUUCCGACAAUGGAGGACGAAAGUAGCAACUGGUUGCUUUCAAAGGUUCUUCUUUUUUCUGUAAUGCUUAGUCUUGUAAUUGUGAAAGCCAUGUCUCUGCUUUGGUGGAGACCCAGAAAGAUCGAAGAACAUUUCUCAAAACAGGGAAUUCGAGGUCCCCCUUAUCAUUUCUUCAUCGGUAAUGUUAAAGAACUUGUUGGCAUGAUGCUUAAAGCUUCUUCUCAUCCCAUGCCUUUCUCUCACAAUAUCCUUCCAAGAGUUCUCUCUUUCUACCAUCACUGGAGGAAAAUCUAUGGUGCUACGUUUUUGGUAUGGUUCGGACCAACUUCCCGGUUAACGGUGGCGGAUCCAGAUCUGAUCCGAGAAAUAUUUUCAAAAUCUGAGUUCUAUGAGAAGAACGAAGCCCACCCUUUGGUUAAACAGCUUGAAGGUGAUGGACUUCUUAGCCUCAAAGGAGAAAAAUGGGCUCAUCAUCGCAAAAUCAUUAGCCCCACAUUUCAUAUGGAGAAUCUCAAAUUGCUUGUACCGGUGGUGUUGAAAAGUGUGACGGAGAUGGUGGAAAAAUGGUCGGAGAACUUAUUAGAAUCUGGCGAAGUUGAGAUUGACGUGUAUGAGUGGUAUCAAAAUUUGACCGAAGAUGUUAUAAGCAGAACAGCUUUUGGAAGUAGCUAUGAAGAUGGCCGAGCGAUUUUUAAACUACAAGCUAAACAAAUGAUUCUUUGCGCCGAAGCUUUCCAGAAAGUCUUUAUUCCUGGUUACAGUUUCUUUCCGACGAAAGGGAAUUUGGAAUCUUGGAAGUUAGACAAGGAGAUAAGGAAGUCUUUAUUGGGGCUAAUAGAGUGGCGGAGACAGAGCGAAGAAAAUAAGGGGCUGGAGCCAGCAGCAGCAGCGAAGGAUUUGUUGGGUUUAAUGAUUCAGGCUAAAAAUGUGACGGUGCAGGAUAUUGUGGAGGAGUGUAAAAGCUUCUUUUUUGCCGGAAAACAGACAACAUCCAAUCUGCUGACGUGGACGACCAUCUUGCUAGCCAUGCACCCGGAGUGGCAGGCCAAAGCACGUGAUGAGGUCCUCAGGGUCUGCGGCUCACGUGAUGCCCCCACUAAAGACCAUGUCGUUAAGCUCAAAACGUUGGGCAUGAUUCUGAACGAGUCUCUAAGGCUGUAUCCACCAAUUGUAGCGACAAUCAGACGCGCGAAAUCGGAUGUUGAGCUAGGAGGAUACAAAAUCCCAUGUGGCACAGAGCUUCUAAUCCCAAUCAUAGCUGUCCAUCACGAUCAAGCAAUUUGGGGUAACGACGUAAACGAAUUCAAUCCAGAUCGAUUUGCAAACGGAGUGCCCCGUGCAGCAAAACACCCUGUUGGGUUCAUACCAUUUGGUCUCGGAGCCCGAACAUGCAUUGGUCAGAAUCUUGCCAUUCUUCAAGCCAAAUUGACCCUUGCUGUAAUGAUCCAACGUUUCACGUUUCACUUGGCUCCUAGUUACCAACACGCACCUACCGUCCUCAUGUUACUCUAUCCUCAGCAUGGUGCACCGAUCACUUUUCGGAAAUUAAACAAUUCCGAGGAACGCUAAGAGAUCUACAGUCUAUAAAGCUCAAUAUGGAGUUUCAAGCUUGGUAGAAAAGAUGUUCUGAAGCUUUUAAUACUGACAUUCUCGUUUGUCGUUAUUUUUAACCUUCAUAAAUAUAUAGUUUUAACUUCAGAAACCAUUUCUUUUAAAUUUUUUCAAUUUUUUUAUCAACCUUCUGGUUUUGAAUUAUGCUUUUGAUUUUUGCUAUCUAGGACUAAGAGCACUAACGAAUUCUUAAUUUUAUAUGCA